GCCUCCGACUUCCGGCGCAGGUACGGGUCGGCGCACGCGGCCGCGAGCCGGUUGACUUUGCGGAGCCAUGGAUGGCUUCAGCUCGGACUUCGGUGGCUCCGGCGGCGGCAAGCUGGACCCCGGGCUCAUCAUGGAGCAGGUGAAGGUGCAGAUCGCCGUGGCCAACGCGCAGGAGCUGCUGCAGAGGAUGACGGACAAGUGCUUCCGGAAGUGCAUCGGGAAGCCGGGGGGCUCUCUGGACAAUUCGGAGCAGAAAUGCAUCGCCAUGUGCAUGGACCGCUACAUGGACGCCUGGAACACCGUAUCCCGCGCCUACAACUCGCGGCUGCAGCGAGAACGAGCCAACAUGUGAUCGGGAAAUGCGGUGCCUGGCCGAGCCAGUGGGCCGCCCCCACCCGUGUUCGGUUUCCAUAAAUGUGCUUUGUGAGGCAGGGGCCAGCGUGUGCGUGCUGCCUGCCGUGGUUUAUGAGGAUGAGACUGGUGCUGGGACACUUGGAAUUUUGUCCCCCUCCCCCUGGCCAGGCCGACCUCCCACCUGCCAGCGAGUGUAGUUGGGGGCUUGGGGACCCUGGAAUUUCCCACAGUGCUGGCAGCGCUGUGGCACCUUUCCUGGUGUGCCCGGGUCACCUUUAUGCCCGAGCCGUAGACUUCCUGUGGGCCUGCGGGGUGGGGAGAUGGUCAGACCCCACCUGAGCUGUGACCUCCUGGGGGUGGGCUGACAAAUAAAUGGAUGAGGGAGGGGUGGAGAGAG